AUGUCGCCGCGAGACGGACGUCCUGGGGAUGGCAGCGGCGCGGACGAGCGGGCGGCUCUUCUCGCUGGAGGGGGCCUGAAGGGAGACGACAUCGUGUCUGAGCCUUCUAUCUGUACCACCGAUCUCGCUCCCAGUCCAUCAAGACGUCAUAUCGAUGCUUUCUCUCCAGAAGAGCAUGAACGCCUUCGGGGAAUGGUCAACCGAUACGUGCAAGCGCUGGACAAGGGCACGCUGGGUACCGCGGUCAUCAUGGGAUGGAUGGAGGAUGUGGGGGCGGAUAGCGAUAGUUAUGCGGCGACGAGUACGGCUUUCUGGGCGGGAGUGGUGAUUGGGGAACCUAUCGCAAACCAGUUCAUACGUAGAUAUUCGGCGAGCCGGGUUCUGGGAGGAAGCAUGUUCAUCUGGUCUGGCCUCGUCCUUCUCCUGGCGUUCACGUUGGACAUCAAGCGGGUCAUGUUCAUUCGUGCUCUCUUGGGGGUAUUUGAGAGUAGCUUUGGGCCAUGUCUACUUACGAUCACAACACAAUGGUACACGUCCGCCGAGCAGACCUCGGUCAUCACGAUCUACCAGUCGAUGUUUGGUCUAGCAGGAGUUCUAUCCUAUGCGCUGGCAUGGAUAUUCUACCAUGUUCAGUCAAGACCGUACGGUAUGGCAGGAUGGCAAUGGAUGACAGCGGCCAUUGCGCUCAUAUCCUUCGUCUCUUCGUUCAUCGUCUUUGCCCUCCUCCCAGUCUCGCCAAACACGGCCACCUGGGCUUCUCCCUCCGACAAAUCCGCCCUCGCCCGCCGAACAGGAGUCGACCACAUGCCUGCCCGCGCGCAUUUCAACCGCGCGCAGUGCGUCGAGUCACUCACCGAUCCGAUCACCUGGCUUCUCUUCACGCUCAUGGUGGUCCAAUGUCUGAUCUGGAGCGGGUUCACGACCUUCAGCGGGCUGAUCAUAAAUCGCGGAUUGGGAUUUAGCGUGAAUACCAGUCAGCUCUUGGGGAUGCCUUUGGCUUUUGAGAUCAUCUGCCUGUACUUCCUCGUGGCAUGGCUCAUCAACAAAACAGGCCAGACCCUCCUAUGUCUCAUCUCCCUAACCAUCCCCAAUAUCCUCGGCACCAUCCUUCUCCUAAACGUCCCGCCCUCCCCACACACCCGCCCCCUCCUUAUGCUCGCCAUAUACUUUAUGCAAGCCUUCUCCGCCACGGGUCCAUCCCUCACUGCCCUCAUUGCGCGGAACACCGCCGGCUCGACCAAGAAGUCGGUGAGCUUCGCGAUCGUCUAUACGGGCUGGGCGGUCGGGUGCGGGGUGGCACCGCUGUUGUUCAGGGAAGAGUGGGCGCCGAGGUAUUUGGGGAGUUUGAGGAUACAUCUGGGUUUGUAUGUGGUUUGGGUGGGGGUGGCGUUGGUGCUCCGACAGGUGUUGAGGAGGAGGAUCAAGGGGAAGGAGGUUGGAAAGAUGAUGGCGGAAGGGGUAGAUGGGAGGAGGAUAAAGGGAGAUCUGACAGAUAGGGAAGAUCCGGACUUUCAGUACAGUUUGUAG